CCGGUAAGGGAUAGUGGGAAACACUUCGGAGGCAAAGCGACGCAAACAACCUUUCGUCUGCACAUUGCGUCCCUCCCACUGCCACUUGUCAGGACCUGAUGUUACAAAGGCUACUCCGUAUCUAUACUUACAUUAUCUCCCACUGUCAGGCAGAGAGGUAAAAAAAUGGACCCUGAUAGAAAAGGCCAGGAUGGAAGCUACCUCUCCCAUUCGCUCUCGUGUCUUCCAAAGCCGAGAAAAAGAGAUUAUUUACUCACUAAAUAAGUAUUUCUUGCAAGGAAAGGGUAAUAAGGGGCCAUUAAUUGACUCUUCAAAAUCUGUUGCCCAAACAGCAAAAGCUACCAACAUGAGCGAGGUUUGAUGACUGGAUAAAGAAAUAGAAACAGUGCAUGUUGAUAUAGUCUGGAGGGAGUCUUGAGCAGUCAUCAUGAAUGUGAAUUUGCUUUGGGAACACUGCAUCAAGUGUGAGUUCUGUGAUGCAACUUUUGACAACAAAGAGACCCUGAAGCAGCACCUUAGACUGCACUCACGAAGAAAACCUUACAAGUGCAAUGAGUGUGGUGCCAAGUUCUCCUAUAACAGCACCCUGGAGUGGCACAAGAGGAGUCACACUGGAGAGCUGCCAUUCAAGUGUGAUGAGUGUGGUGCACAGUUCCUGCAGAAUAGCAUGCUGGUGUGGCAUAAGAGGAAACACAGGAUAGGAGAAAACUCACAAAACUCCUCCUUAGUUGUGAAUGUUACAAACAUUUAUCCUCAGCAGAACGUACAGAGUCUUCCUACUAUUUUCAGUCUCCCGAAUUUGGUGAACACAGUAAACUCUUCAACCAUCAAUGUUGCAGCCACAUGUUCAGCUGGCACUACCACUACCAUUGCACACCCAACACAAUUCCCAGUGAACGAUAUGAACCACCCUGUGUCAGUGGAGGGAAUCAUGCCAGCCAUGGUCACACAGUCUGAGGUGGUACCUGACAUGGUUACAGGUAAAAGAAAACUUGAAGGAGAAGAAGGAAUGUUUCGAUGUGAUGUGUGUGGCACAGUUUUGUUUCAUAGCUCUGAUCUGAAGGCCCACAUGCAUACCAAGCACAAUGUGGGUGAAAAUAAUCCUUUCCAUAUACUUGCCAAACAGCAGCAAGCCAGUGGUCAGUUUCUGUCGAGAAAGAAAAUUAUAGUAAUUGAAAAACGUUACAAAUGUGAUCUGUGUGGUGCUGGGUUCAACACAGAGGGUCACCUGAAGACUCAUCGCCAGAAACAUGUGGUGGAAAGGCCUUAUAAGUGUGAGAAAUGUGGCUUGACUUUCUCCGAUCAUCCAACACUGGAGUCACAUGAGCGGCGGCACCAAGCUGAGCGGCCCUACAAGUGUGAUAGAUGUGGUGCCACAUUUUUCAGAGAGAGUCACCUUUACCGACACAUCAAGAGACACACAGGAGACUUUGUUUGAUAAGAGUUACCCUUACUGACACUGAGGGACUCUCUUUAAAAUGCAGGGUACUUAAAUGCAACUUGGAGCAAAGAGUGCAAUAUUUUAUAGUAGUGAAACUUAGGAAGUGAAGGACAAACAGAAGUUUUUAAUCAAUUGGGAUGAGAAUGGUCAAUGGAAUUGCACAUGUGCUGUACAUCUUUAAAUGACAGAUUUAGUAAAAAUGCAAAUGAGAAACUUAGAACCACCUUGAGAUGCAUUAGAGAGAAAUAGAUUGUUUUAGUUUGGAAAGUUUAAGGGAUGCAGAAUUAGGUAAAAGGGAUGAAAUAUAUGAGACAAAAUCCUUCUAAGUGAACUCAGAAUUUUGCUUGACAAAGAUUGCAACACAAAGAACUAAUGACUAAGCAAAGAGAUCCAUUUGUUUAUUUUAAGAGAGAGAGAGAGAGAGAGAGAGAGAGAGAGAGAGAGAUGUUUUAUAAAUGAAAGCCCCUAACAGACACUGAAUAGUAAUUGUAGUGCAUUUUUGGAGUCCAAUGUGCAAUUUGUUUGAAUGCAGUAAGGUACAAAUCUCGAAGUGGUUAGCAGUGUAUUACAUUUCUAUUUAAGGCUUCCAAAGUUGGUAGAUGAAGACCUGCAGGACCUGGGAGCUGAGGUGAAAAGAAUGAGGCUAGGGGCUGUGUUUGAAAUGGCUUGUUGACAGAUGAACAGAUUCAAAGGCCAUGGGAGGAGGUUAUUAAUGUAGUCACAUAUAUAACAAUGACAUUGCCUUGAUUUCCUGAGAAUAGGGAAGUGGUACAUUGUAGGUGUCUAUGUAGCAAUACAGUUGGGCUCUACCAUUUGCAAUUAUCAGGUGUCCCUUCAAAAGUAUGUAAAAUUCACAUUUGGUACAAAUUCACUAAAGACAUCUUUAAUCUUGUCUUUAUACAAUUAGCAAAAAUUUGAAUAUUUAAGAUACCAUGUCUUUUCCUUAUCAAUUAAGCCACAGGGAUGUUCAAAUGGCUGUUACCACCAUUAUGUUCCCUGUUUGCUAAGGGUCUAUGAGCUUAAAAGGCCACUGUAACAUGCAAGAAUACAUCAAUAUGAGAAUAAGAAAAUAAAGAAAGAAUAAUU